UCAAGAAGGAAGUAGAAACAUGGACAACAGAGUAACAAGAAGAUAUGGCUGCCACAGGAGCAACUCCCUACAUUUCCAGCAAAAAUUUCCUAUCAUCUCCAACAAUUACAAAUCAUUCUAGUAACAAUAUACCAGUAAUUAUCUCUAUUCCUUAUUUUGGUAAUUCCACCAAACGGAUUAGAAAUUUGCUUAUCGUUCAAAACUCCGACCGCAGCGAUGUAUCCACUGAAACCGCUACAGCAACAACUAAUGAAAUCUCAUCAGUUGAACUUCCACCUGGACCACCUUCUAUAAUCUCAGCUCUUAAUGUUGAAAAAGCUCUUCUUGGCAUAGCAAUAACAGAUAUAGAUCACUAUGACCGACUUGGACUUCCAAGAAAAUGUUCAUACAAUGAGGUACCAGUUGCGUACAAGAAGAAGGUUGAAGAAGUUAUGAAUGAGGGAUUGGAAGAAGUGGAGCUUAACAAGAAGCUUGAGCGCCUAAAAGAAUCAUAUUCAAUUUUGUCAACACCAGAGGAGAGAAGGCUGUAUGAUUGGAGCUUGGUAAGGAGUGAGGCACCGGAUAAAUACAAGUGGCCUUUUGAGGUUGAUAAAACUCCAAUGUCUACAGGAACUCCUCCUCCUCAGGAACCAGAGGAUGUGGAACCAACCAGAUUGGUGGGAUAUUUCUUUUUAGGUUGGUUUGUGCUGGCUGCCGUCUUAUCGAUUGCUUUUAAUCGUUAGAAAGUGAAUUAAGCUACAUCGAGUUUAUCCUGUAAAAAAUAUAGAAUGAUAUUCAUCUUCGUGUUGUAUAUAUACUUCGCCUUCGGUUGUUGCAUUUUAAUGAAAUUCAAAGCAAUCACUCAUCUAA